CGGUAAACAAAUGGCGACGCCGACCGACAAGUUAUCGGUAGGUAGUUUACUUGCGAACUGCAACUUCUAACUAAUAUUUUAAAUUCUGAUCAGUUCCUUAGACUGAUUACUCGGAAAUUCGUAUGAAUUCCGUCAUUCUAGUCAUUUGGACAAUUAUCAUUGACAGGAAGUAGCGACACUUGGCGUUUCUUUGCUGAAUGGGUAACACGCCCCGAACUGCAUCAAUAAAUUCAGUCCCGUGCUAUUCAAAACUGCGUAGUUUUCAUGAACCUGUGCUGGGACGUCGGAGUUAGUUUAGCGGACAAGGUGUGACUUCUAAGUUCUAGCGCUAAACGGUAGGCGGGGGAGCAGAAUGGUCUAUGCCUUCAUUAUUCACACGCUACCACCGGACACAUGUCGGGUGUUGUUUUCUUGCACAUUUGGAUUGGAGAAUGCCAAGUUGGAUGAACAUAGCAUCGAGAACGAGGGUGAUGUCACGGAAAUGAGAACGCUUCGGAAAGAGCAAAUGGCGCUGGUGGCACGUCAGGUCCAAUCGGAAUUCUCCUUCCAGAAGGCUGUGUCGGAGCGAGUAACUUACAGUGAUGGCUUGAGCAGUGGCCAGGAUGACUUGUUGCGAGAUGCAGAGCUCGGCAUGUUUCGACUAGCGGCCGGUGAUCCAUUCAAGACGGAGAAAAUCGCUGUCUGGUUAGGGGUUGGAAAGACGGGAUUCAUCCUUGUUUGUGAGACUCAUGAGAACCGUUUACAGGUGGAGAAUCAACUGCGUUUGUUGGUGAAGAAUUUACAGGAGCAUGUGAAGGCUGUUCGUCAACCCACCGAAGUGCUUGAGAAGGGCGAUCGUGUGAUGGAGGUUCUUCAUCAUUUCUUGCCAUCAGGACGAAUAAUAUUCAUGAACCAUGCUUUAAUCAAACAAACUGAAAAGGAGCUCGAUAUUGCAAUGAAACUGAAAUGAAGUUCUGCCAGUAUCUGCUUGUAAUGACAUUUUGCUUUUAUAAAAUUUUCCAACUUUUUCAAGAAUAUUUGAAAUAUGUAUUGCACUAUGGUUCAACUUGUUUCUAGGUUAAAGAGAAAUUCCAGUAGUUGCAGUAAACACUGAUUUUAUGAGAAAGUCUGUAAAAGAAAGGCUUAAUUGUCA